AUGGCAGUUCAACAGAAACGCUCCACUGCCGUAGAUCUUACUUGCCUCGGCUCUGAGCCGUCCCCUCUCUUUUGGUAUCACAACGGACGAGCUGCGUUAUCACAACGAUCUUCCGGAGCCAGUUCUAUUUUACACAUUCCCAAAUUGGAUGAUUCAUCCACCGGAGUCUAUCAGUGUGUACAACGUGAUUCCGACAAGGUUACCAAGAUGGAACAGAUCCAUUGUAACGUCUUUGUGCUCGAAUUUAUUCGAGGUGUUUAG